AGCAUUAUUGGAAAUAGAAUAUAAUUCCUAACCACCAUAUAAAUGCAUUGUUUCUCAACAACAUUUUCCACACCACCACCUUCUCUUCCAAACACAAUUUGCAGCUAUAACACAAUAUUAGUAUAGUGUAAAGAUGUGGGAUAUCAGUAGUAUAUGGCAGAGGUUGAAACCAGACGUGGUAAUGGUGCUUAUACAGAUUGCAUAUGCUGUGAUGACUAUAAUAUACAAGCUCGCAAUAAAUGAUGGAAUGAGCAUGAGAGUAGCCGCGGCAUAUCGUCUUAUUUGUGCAUCCGCUUUCACUGUUCUAGUUGCUCUUAUCUUUGAUAGGAAGAAUAGAGCAAAGAUUACUUGGAGUGUGCUUUUUAAGUCAUUUCUAUGUGGAUUGUUUGGGGGAAGUUUGUUUCUCAACCUUUAUCUUGUUGGUUUGGCUUUGACGUCAGCAACAUUUAUGUUGGUCGUCAUCAACCUAAUUCCAGCCAUCACCUUCAUCAUGGCUGUAUGUUUCAGAAUGGAUAAAUUCAAUUUAAGGGUAGCAGAAGGAAAGGCGAAAGUGAUUGGAACAAUAAUGGGAAUAGGUGGUGCAAUGUUGAUGAUAUUUUUCAAAGGUGCAGAAAUUCAUAUUUGGUCUUCUAAUACCAAUCUUUUGCAUCCACAUCACAAUCAAAAUAAACAAAUGGCAACUCAUCAUGCUGACUUUGGUAAAAAAUUGUUGGGUGUUUCAUGUGCACUUGCAAGCAGUUGCUCCUUCUCAUUAUGGUAUAUUAUUCAGGCUAAGUUGAAUAAAGAAUACUCAAGUCAUCGCUCAAGUGCAGCUUUAAUGUCCACAAUGGGAGCCAUUCAAGGAACUAUUAUUGCUCUUUGUUUUGAAAGGGAUUGGGAACAAUGGAAACUACAAAACAAUCUCAGAAUUCUUGCCGUUAUAUAUCCAGGAAUUGUGGCCUCUGGUUUAGUUGUUAUUGCUAUGGCUUGGUGCAUAAAGAUGAGGGGCCCUGUAUUUGCAUCUAUUUUCAGUCCUUUACAACUCUUACUUGUAGUUAUAGCUGCUUAUUUCAUGUUGGAUGAAAAAUUAUAUUUGGGAAGCAUGCUUGGAGCAAUUGUGAUUGUGUGUGGUCUCUAUGCGGUACUUUGGGGUCAAAGCAAAGAAUUGAAAAAGAAAAAGAUGAUAUUAGAAAUUACAAGAAUGCCUGAAAAUGAUGAGCUUGUUGUUAUUUCCACGCCUGCUAUUUCCCAUGACAAAGUCGUCCAAACCUACACGAGUUCAGCCAUUACUAAAGAUAAUGUUGUUAAUGAGCAAUUACCUUGAUUGUAAAGCAUGGGAAAGAAAGAUGAAAAGUCCUUCACAAAAAUGAAUGUAAUAAUUAAAAAAAUGUUUAUCACUAAAAGACACAAUCAGAUGAAAUUGAUUGCAAUUUAUAUAUCUGAAUAUAAUAUAAGUAUAGAUUGUUUUGAAUUGGACAAAAUUCAGUUCUAUACUGAUGCAUUUUAUAAAAAAAACUCCUAUUUU